AUGAUAAUAUCCUCCAGAUGGCUGUUCGCACUUGGCCGUCCAGCGAAAUGCUUGCUGAUUCCACCACUUGCAACUCGGUCGCUGGCGACCAUUGUCAACCGUACGCCACCAGUGGCUCGUGACGAAGUGAUCCAACUUCGAGCAUAUCAAGAAGAAUGCAUUCAAUCAGUUCUCUCAUAUCUGAGCAAGGGCCACAGGCGCCUGGGCAUCUCAUUAGCUACUGGAAGUGGCAAGACGGUGAUAUUCACACGAUUGAUCGAUCGAAUCGAGCCGCCGACCCGGAUUGCUCAACAGACCCUCAUUCUUGCUCACCGGCGAGAGCUGGUAGAGCAGGCAGCACGGCAUUGUGAGAGAGCAUACCCUGAAAAGAGCAUAGACAUUGAGAUGGGAGACAUUCAUGCUUCAGGUGCCGCAGACAUUACCGUGGCGUCGGUCCGCAGCAUGGUCUCCGGCGAACGGCUGAGCAAAUACGAUCCCGAAAAAUUCAAGCUGGUCCUGGUCGAUGAAGCUCAUCACAUCGUGGCCCCAGGGUAUCUCCAAAUCCUCCAACAUUUUGGCCUGGAAAAGCAGACAAGCUCUGGUCCAGCGCUGGUUGGCGUCUCGGCCACUUUCUCCCGCUUUGAUGGCCUCAAGCUGGGGGCGGCGAUCGACCAUAUUGUUUACCAUAAGGACUACGUCGACAUGAUUGGCGAAAAGUGGCUUUCGGAUGUCAUGUUCACCACGGUGAAAUCAAAAGCGGAUCUAUCACGAGUUCGAAGUGGCAAAGAUGGAGAUUUUCAGACAGGUCAACUCUCUGCGGCCGUGAAUACGGAAAUCACCAACGACAUCACCGUACGUGCAUGGAUGGAAGAAGCCAGAGAUCGGAAAUCGACUUUGGUCUUCUGUGUCGAUUUGAACCACGUAGCGAGCCUGACCUCCACAUUCCGAAAACACGGCAUCAAUGCGCAGUCCAUCACCAGCAACACGAAGAAAAGCGUGCGCGGUGAACGACUCGACGCAUUCAAGAACCGCGAAUUUCCUGUGUUGUUGAAUUGCGGUGUCUUUACUGAAGGAACUGAUGUGCCCAAUAUUGACUGCGUGCUCCUUGCGCGACCGACCAAAUCCCGCAAUUUGCUUGUUCAGAUGAUUGGCCGCGGUAUGCGAUUAUACCCGGGCAAGACGGACUGCCAUGUGAUUGACAUGGUUGCCUCGCUUGAAACUGGCAUCGUGACAGUUCCAACUCUUUUUGGCCUUGAUCCGUCUGAGAUGGUCAAGUCAGCCAAAGUGGACGACUUGAAAGCGUUGAAGGAUAGCCGAAUAGAGAACGCGGUUUCUACGGAAGCGUCAGGACACCUUGUUGGCUCUAACGGCGGGUCUGGCGACCACCAUCUCGAGUUCACCCACUAUGAUUCUGUGCACGAUCUCAUCGAAGAUACCUCGGGCGAACGACAUCUGCGUGCCAUAUCGCCCAAUGCAUGGGUUCAAAUCGAUUCCAACAAGUACGCUCUCGUUGCGAAAGGCGGCUUCCUCAUUCUCGAACGCCGUCUCGCCCCCAAUCCCCUCGAGUCUCCAUCCGACUCUGAUGCCGGGUCUCAUCAAGAUGACGCCUCAUUCGUGGUCACAUGGAAGCAUUCAAUCCCCGUCUCUAAGACUUCCAAAUCGCCCUGGUCCCGUCCUCGCACCAUCGCGACCGCCGCAACGCUAAGCGACGCCCUGCACGCCGCCGACACGUUCGCUUCUCAAAAAUUCGAACGCAUCUUCAUCGCCACGUCGUCCUCCUGGCGCAAAUCCCCCGCCUCACAGGGCCAGCUCGACUGGCUCAACCGGCUCCGCGACGUUUCCGAGGACGAGCAGGAGCCUCUGACUGAACGCGACCUGACCAAGGGACAGGCCGCCGACAUGAUUACCAAGAUCAAACUCGGCGCGCGAGGGCGAUUCGACAAAAUGAUGAGGAAGAAGAGGGGCGUGGAGAAGGGCCUGCAGCGCGAAAGACGGGUCAAGGAGAUGAGGGAUCGCGAGACUGUCACGGUGGGACCUGUCGAGGCUUGA